UGUGUUGUGCGUGUGGAUUGCGAUAAGUUCUGCUCAAGUGCAAGUGAGCUCCGGCCGCGCCAAGCGUCAGUCCAAUAUAUAUUUCAGAGAGUCGUCAUCGCAGUCCGGAAUCAGGUUUCAGGAGCAGGAGGAACCGAGGUGGUCUUCACCCUCCGACCGUCUGCACAGUAGAUCCAGCGUGAUACACGACCCGGGACCUUCGUGGUCAUCCCCCGCACGACAGGCACGGCUCAGUGACGACCACUUCUGGGACUCCAGGGGGAGGUCAUCCCUCAGGUUCGACAGUGGGGACCAAAGAGACUAUCAAGGAAGUCCUUCUUUCCGAUUCGACAAUGAAGGCUCUUCUAGAAGUACGAUGUCACAGGACACAUCAAAAUCGACUUUCAGGUUUGAAAGUGAAGAUAUAAAACCGAACAGUUUCGAAGCGGAAGGUAGAUCAAAGUCAUCGUCGGAAGAUUUUCCGUUUGGGUUUCAGUCAACUGAGUCCAACGAAAAUCUCCAUAAGAAUUCAAACAGUGGUUCAAAUUAUUUCUUUGACAACGCUUCAUCCAAAAGAGAAUCGGAUGAUGAUUUUCCGUGGAAGUCGAAAGAGGAAUCUUCCGGUUUCUCUGACAGCUCUACAAAAACGAAGCAUUUCGGAAGGCAGUCGAAAGUAUCUCCUAUUUUCGAUCCAAGCUACCCGUCCAGUGACAGUUUCGAGUUCCCGAGUAUGGAGGAUUCGAUGGAGUCAGGGAGACACCUCUCGCGGGACACGAUCGCCACGAUCUCAGAGACACUGGGAGCCAUCAACACUGUGGGGCGUUACUUGGUGAACUACACACGAGGAGGACAGCCUAGACCUACGCCCGGGGACAGGCUAGACACACCGACUCGAUCUCAAGAAGACAUCCCAGGUGCAAUCCUGACCAUCAGCAAGAACGUGUUGGGACGGAAUGUGACCAAUAGCAUCGCACCUCUGGUCAGAGUGUUGCCGAUAGGCACGGAGAACGCGCCCUCAGGGGUGAGGACCUGCACGACCCCUGGCGGCCAGACCGGGCACUGCGAGGACCUCAGUAACUGUCCUCAGCUACUUCUGGACCUCGGUAACCUCCGGCAGUCCAUCUGCUUCAAAAGCCUCUUCGUACCAGGGGUCUGCUGCCCCAGGCGAGGAGAGGAUAGCACAUUCCUGCAGGAGAUAUCUACAACCACCCGAAGACCGGUGAUCCUAACCAGCAAGAUUCCCCUUCAAACCGCGCCUACCCAGGCGACGUACACGACUACCUCGACCACCCAGCGCCCUAACUCCAUAGACUAUGACUUCAAUUCGGGAGAGUGUGGCCAGCAGGAUGUUCCCAAGUUCCGCGUGGUUGGUGGAGAAGAAGCUUUGCCCGGUCGGUGGCCCUGGAUGGCAGCUAUCUUCCUGCACGGUCCCCGCCGUACAGAAUUCUGGUGCGGAGGCUCUCUGAUCGGCUCCAGGCACAUCCUUACGGCCGCCCACUGCACUAAAGACACGCGCCAGAGACCGUUUCAAGCCCGCCAGUUCACGGUGAGGCUCGGGGAUAUCGACCUCAGGCGGGAGGACGAGCCUUCCUCUCCCCAGACCUACAGAGUGGCCGAGGUGCGGGCUCACCCCCGCUUCAGCAGGGUCGGCUUCUACAAUGACAUCGCGGUGCUGGUGCUGGACCGCGCUGUCAGGAAGUCGCGGUACAUAAUCCCUGUCUGUCUGCCUGCGCCCUCCUACCGCUUCAACCGCUUCGUGGGUGAACAGCCAACUGUAGUCGGCUGGGGUACCACGUACUACGGUGGGAAGGAGAGUACCGUACAGAGACAGGUUGCUCUGCCAGUGUGGAAGAACGAGGACUGCGACAAGACCUACUUCCAACCGAUCAACGAGAACUUCAUCUGUGCCGGUCUCAAGGAGGGUGGCAAAGACGCCUGCCAGGGUGACUCCGGAGGCCCUCUCGUCCUGAAGAAGAACGGUCGGUGGAUGCAGAUCGGUAUCGUAUCCUUCGGUAACAAAUGCGGGGAGCCAGGAUAUCCUGGAGUGUACACUCGCGUCACCCAGUAUUUGGACUGGAUCAACAGUAACACGUGACCAUCCUGCUGCACCAAACUGUACCUCACAGAGUAACCAGGCUGUGAAGAGGUCGAAUGGAGAAUAAAUAUGAAGGGAAUUGUUAAGAAUCAAUUUUCUCCUAGUUAUCACAGCUGGUGAAGUAAAGAUAUAGGUCGAUAGCUAGGUAAAUCUUGAUUAAAACAUGUUUAGAUUUAAAUUCGUGAACCAAAUCAUUACAAAUAGAUGUAUUAUAAUAUAUGUCAUAAAUAGCUGAAAAGGAAAUGUUUUAAGUUUAAAUUAUGCAAUCAAACAAACGAACAACAAGAAUUUUUCAAAGUCCUUUUGUUUGAUUUGCAUGUAAGUUCUUCUUCUGGAAGACAUUCACCGACCUGUUUCCAUCAUAAGCUCAGUUACUCAAUUAGCUUUAUACUAACUAUUUAUACAUUUAAAAACAAGAUUAAUAAUUCUGUGAAAUUAUUAAAGUACUGUGAUAAUAUACUAAUAUCAAUCGUAAAAAGAUAGGUUUUGCAUUUUGUAAACACACAUUCAUACGUUUAUUUUUAACGAUGUGAAUGCAGAAUCAGUAAAACGAAAUAAUAGUUUAUUGACAAACACAUGAACUCAUUCAUAAAUAGUAUUUUAAGUAAAAACAAGAGAUUCCCUGUUCAAUAAUAAACUUGAUGUGAACAUGAACCUCAAGAUACCUUUGAAAUGUGUUUAUACAUUUAUUUAUUUACAUUUAGUAUUACUUCAUUUAAACUAUAAUAAUUUAGUAAGUUAUUUUAUGCUAAGUAUUAUUUAUGUAAUUUCAUAGUAAGUUUUGGUUGCAUAAAACAAAUGUGUUCUAUAAAAAUGAAAUAAUUAUGUAGCCUACUAAAAAUAUACAUUGAGGACGUACUUAUUUUGUUGACACAGCAAAUAAAGUCGUAACUUUUAUAAGAGGUUAUUUCAUUGUUGAUACGUUGUUCUAUAGAUCUUAAUUUAAAAUAGUUAAACUUUUUACGUAUACUGUUAUCGUUGUCAGUUAUCAUUUUGUUACCUAAUUUCAUUUAUACUUGUUAGU